AUGAUACCCCAGAACAGUAGAUUGGAUGAUGGUUACUAUGGUUAUGUGGUUGCUGGUAAUGGUGAUCACAGAGCCCCCAGAGAUGUGUCCCCCAUGGCAUUCCACUGCUCCCUGCUCUGCUGGCCAGAAGUGAGGUCAAAGUUGAAUGAGCUGGUGGUAGGAGACACUGGUGGGAAGCUGUCAGUCUACAAGAAUGAUGACACCUGGCCAUGGAUCACCUGUUCCUGCCAAGGAAUGCUUACCUGUGUUGGGGUAGGAGACAUAUGUAACAAGGGAAAGAACCUGGUUGUGUUGGUAAGUGCCGAGGGCUGGUUUCACCUGUUUGACCUGAUGCCAGCCAAGGCUCCAGAGGCCUCUGGGCACCAUGAUGCACCGGCAGGUGAGGACCAUCGACCAGUCUUCAAGCAGCAUAUCCCUGCCAACACCAAAGUCAUGCUGAUCAGCGAUAUUGACGGGGACAGCCGUUGUGAACUCGUGGUUGGCUACACGGACCGCGUGGUGAGGGCCUUCUGAUGGGAGGAUGCUGGGGACGCUGGGGAGCAUGUGACCGGACAACUGGUUGCCCUUAAGAAAUGGCUGCUGGAGGGACAGGUAGACAAUCUGUCGGUGACUCUGGGGCCACAGGGAAACCCUGAACUGAUGGUAUCCCAGCCGGGCUGUGCUUAUGCCAUUCUGCUGUGUACCUGGAAUAAGGGACCCCUGCCUGUCCCUGAGGAGAGUAAGAGAGAGACCACUGCUCUCCAGGAUGUCAUCCUGCACCAGACAUCUGGCCGGAUCCACAAUAAAAAUGUCUCUACCCACCUCAUUGGCAACAUCAGGCAUGGUCGAAGCAAUGACAAUAGUGGCUCGAGUCUCUUUGCCCUCUACACCCUUGAUGGAACUCUAAAGCUUAUGGAGGGAGCAGAUAAACUGCUAUGGUCAGUACAGGUGGACCACCAACUUUUUGCCCUAGAAAAACUGGAUGUUACAGGGAAUGGAAGUGAGGAGGUAGUGGCGUGUGCCUGGGAUGGACAGACAUACAUCAUUGAUCACAACCAAACUGUGGCUCGAUUCCAGGUUGAUGAGAAUGUCCGUGCCUUUUGUGCAGGCCUAUAUGCCUGCAAAGGAGGUCAGAACAGCCCCUGCUUAGUAUAUGUGACCUUCAACCAGAAGAUUUACAUAUACUGGGAUGUAUUGCUUGAGCGAAUGGAGUCCACCAAUCUGGUGAAGGUGCUGGAGGCUGAGCCCGAGUACCGGGGCCUGCUACAGGAGCUGGGUGUGGAUCCUGAUGACCUCCCUGCAGUCCAAGCACUGAUCCAUCAGACACUUUACUAUCCGGAUGAAUCCCACCCAGAUAAUCCUUCAAGCAACCCAGAGCCUUCCUAAACAGAGAUGCCUUCCCAGGGUAUGAGGGACUUCCUUCUCCAACAUGGAGAUGAUCAGAAUAGAGUGAUGCAGAGACUUGGCACCACCAUGACAGCAGUUCAACUGUGGCCUUCCCUGGCUUCCUCACCAUCAAUUCAUUGACUGGAAAUCCUAUCCUGAAUGAUACUUUUUAUGUAGUGACUCUUGGCACAGUAUCAUUAAUGAUAAUUAGCGGAAAUGCAUCUUCUUUCUU